GAUGAUUCGAAUGAUGAUGAUGAUGAUGAUGAUGAUGAUGAUCAUGAUGAUGAUGAUGAUGAUGAUGAUGAUGAUGAAGAUGAUACGGAUGAUGAGGAUGAUACGGAUGAUGAUGAUACGGAUGAAGAUGAUGAUGAUGAUACGGAUUAUGCUGAUACUGAUGAUGAUGAAUGGCACUGAGAUUUUAUCAGGAACUGAGGGAUAA